AUGCUCGAAUCCAGUAAGCAUAAGGCGAAUUUCUCUAGAAAAUCAGAAAGGCUCACCCAAAGACAUGCCCGAUUCAAGCAUGAAACUCUAGGUCAGUAUGCCACAUUGAAAGAGAGCAUAGAGAAGCUCCAGAAGGAAACUGAGUCAACCAGACUUAUUGCCUCAUACGAUCUUUGUGAGGCAGUUUCAGCAACGAAGAGAGAAAUAACAAAUUUUAGAAGCGAAACAAGCUUAGGCUCAAACUUGACAAGUCAGCUGCAGAUUAUCUCGGAAGAGAUAAAGUUACUUCGAGACAAUAUGAGCUCAUUUAGAAAAUCACCAACUGCAACCCAAGAUCAAUGGAAUUAUCUCUCAGAGGAACUCAAAGAGCUCCGGCGCAUCAUACAGGAGAUAUACACCAAUAGAGAAAGAUAUGAAUUACCUGCCAAUAUACCAGCGAAUAUAGCUGAUGCAAAUGUUGCUGCCGAGAUAUUGCAACAGGAAAUCACGGACUCCAAACUUUUGUUAAUCUAA